ACACAGCACUGAUUGCGAAGCUUAAUUGAUUCCAUUUAGCAUCAACAAGCAAUAAUCAAGCUGUAGGCUAAUCCGACGGCCAUGGCCUCUUCCUUCCCAUCCGCAAUAAUGAUUCCUCUUCUGCCUCUUCUUCUUCUUCUUCUUCUCGUGUGUACUCGCGGAGCCGUCGCUAAUGCUAACAACCAGCCGCCGCCGGCGGGCGGCGGCGGCGGCGGCUACUGCUACACGCGAAUGUUCAGCUUCGGCGACUCCAUCACCGACACCGGCAACCAGGUGAGCUUCUUCCCCACCGCACCCGCCGCCAGGCCACCCUACGGCGAGACCUUCUUCGGCCACCCCACCGGCCGCUACAGCGACGGCAGGCUCGUCGUCGACUUCCUAGCUGAGGCGCUGGGGUUGCCGUACUUGACGGCGUACCUCCGGGGGAAGACGGCGGAGGACUUUCGGCGGGGGGCCAACUUCGCGGUGUCCGCCGCGACGGCGCUGAGGCUGGACUUCUUCAGGGAAAGGGGGCUCGACCUCACCAUCAUUCCGCCAUACUCGCUGGACGUGCAGCUGGAGUGGUUCAAGGGUGUGCUCCACUCGCUCGCCUCUACUGACCAAGAGCGCAAGGACAUUACGACAAGAUCGUUAUUCCUAAUGGGUGAGAUAGGCAUAAACGAUUACAACCACCACUUCUUCCAGAACAGAUCCUUCACAGCUGAGAUCAAACCCUUAGUGCCACUAGUGAUUUUAAAGAUUGAAAAUGCCACCAAGGUUUUGAUCGACCUUGGUGCCAAGACCAUACUGGUUCCAGGGAUCCCGCCAAUGGGCUGCAUUCCGAGGUUUCUCAACUUGCUCCCUAGCAAGAACCACAAUGACUAUGACAAGCUUGGAUGUCUGAAGUGGCUGAACGACUUCUCUCAGUACCACAAUCGUGCUCUCAAACAAAUGUUACAGAGGAUUCAUCAUGAUCCUACCGUCACCCUAAUCUAUGCCGACUACUAUGGAGCAAUGUUGAAGAUAGUUCGAAGCCCUCAGAACAAUGGGUUCACGAAGGAGAGCGUUCUGAGGGCGUGCUGUGGGGUGGGUGGGGCCUACAACGCCGACUCGCUGGUGUGCAACGGCAACGCCACGACGUCGAACCUGUGCACGGAGCCGUCCAGGUACAUCUCCUGGGACGGCCUGCAUCUCACCGAGGCCGCCUACCACUACAUCGCCCGCGGCGUGCUGCAUGGGCCGUACACCGAGCCUGCCAUACCCACCAGAUGCACAGCCUGAUCAUACCCACACAUUACACCUUGUUUAUCCCAGAUGUAUAACCAGAAAUACUUAAAUUUAAAACGGAUGCAAAAUUAGUAAAUUACCUUUAUACUCCCUUUGCUAAGUUGAUUGUUUGAAUUUUCACUUUGAUUUGUACAUUUUUUUAAACUACUAGACGAUGUUUUAUAAAACAAGUCCUUCCGCUACGUUGAUUUUUGUAAACCAAGUCCUUGGACUCC